AGAGAGAGAGAGAGAGCUUGGUCAAGCUUCGCGAAGGUGUUCAAAUCCAAAUGGGGACGAUAAAAAGGCGAAUUCUUUGAAUUCAUGGAGAAAUGAAACCCUAGAAGAGAAGCUGUUUCCUCUCCCACGCGUUUCCGUUGAGCGAUCAGUAGAAGCCACCUUUCCGUAAUUCAUAGCGAGGACAGGAGGAAGGGUUCGAGGCUGGAUCCGUUGGGUAUUUGCUCACGGAUCUGAGCUGGGAUUUGCUGUUUUAAAGCUUGGUUUUUUAUUUUUUAUUUUUGGUUGAUUGUUUGGGAGAAAGAAGGUAGAGGUUUUCACUGUGAUGGGGAAUUGCUUAGCGGCGAGGAUCAAGGCGGAGACACCCUUUACCAGCGUCUCUGCUUCAGAUUUCUUGUUUGGAUGUUUAGGGUUGAGUUCUAAAAAUAGUAGCAAAGAUAGAGUUGGAUUGAGCAAUUCUAGCAGCAAAGUAUCUGCAUCCUUAUCCUCUGUGCCUCCUACCCCUCGGAGUGAGGGUGAGAUCUUGCAGUCUUCAAAUGUCAAGAGCUUUACUUUCAAUGAUCUUAAAAUGGCGACCAGGAACUUUCGUCCAGAUAGUGUUUUGGGCGAGGGUGGAUUUGGUUCAGUUUUUAAAGGCUGGAUUGAUGAGCACACUUUAGCAGCAGCUAAGGCUGGGACUGGAAUAAUUAUUGCGGUGAAGAGGUUGAACCAAGAAGGUUUCCAAGGUCACAAGGAAUGGCUGGCUGAGGUCAACUAUUUGGGCCAACUGUAUCAUCCCAAUCUUGUCAAGCUGAUUGGAUACUGUUUGGAGGAUGAACAACGUCUUUUGGUUUAUGAGUUUAUGCCAAGGGGAAGUUUAGAAAAUCAUCUAUUCAGGAGGGGUUCAUACUUCCAACCUCUAUCUUGGAACCUCCGAAUGAAGGUUGCGCUUGGGGCUGCAAGGGGUUUAGCUUUUCUACACAGUGCUGAGAACCAAGUUAUCUAUCGGGAUUUUAAAACUUCUAAUGUCCUUCUUGAUUCAGACUACAAUGCCAAACUUUCUGACUUUGGCCUGGCAAAAGAUGGGCCAACCGGCGACAAAAGCCAUGUUUCUACAAGAGUCAUGGGGACCCAAGGGUAUGCAGCACCUGAAUAUCUUGCAACAGGUCAUUUAACUUCCAAGAGCGAUGUGUAUAGUUUCGGAGUGGUUCUUCUAGAGAUGUUAUCCGGCCGGCGAGCGGUUGACAAAAACCGUCCUGCAGGAGAACACAUUCUGGUGGAAUGGGCGAGGCCAUAUCUUACAAGCAAAAGAAGGUUCUUCCGCGUCUUGGAUUCCCGAUUGGAAGGUCAGUACUCAUUAGGAGGAGCCCAGGCAGUUGCCGCCCUUGCGCUCCAAUGCCUAGCCACCGACUCGAGGUUCAGACCAAACAUGGAUGAAGUGGUCUUGGCACUAGAACAACUUCAGAAUAGUAAAACAAGUUCAGUUAAUGUCAACACUGCAAAUGAUAAUCAUAAAGCUAACAGAAGAAGUUCAGAAGCAGCUGGGAAUCACAAUACUUCCCAUCCGAAGGCCAUCAAAUAAGUGGGAAUGUCUAAUUAUGUAUUUUCACUGCUCUUGGUUUGAAAUGCAAGAUUAAGCCAAUGUAUUUAUAUACUCAUGUUGCUCUGGUUGUAUGUAUAGUUUCUCUGAAUCCAGAAUUUUGAGUGUUUUCAAUCUAAGUUUGAGGUUUUGUAGAUUAAUACACAUGAGCUUCUUGCC